AUGGCAAAGCCAAAGACCCUCAACUCGAUGUUUCCGGGGCUUCCCAAGUCACGUUUAUUGAAACAGGCUACUCGUAUCAAUAUCAUCCACGGAAGCACUGCAACCGCCUUCAAAUUCGACCCAAAAUUCACCCGUUUGGACUUGAUCUUACCACAGAAUAGACUUCAUAAACCAUCGAUAGGUUUAAGACAAUUUUGGAAACACAAUCUCCCAACCUUGAAAUUCCACAACUACGAUACCGAGUUCCAUGUCCUCAAAGUACAAACCGAUUCCGAUCAAGAGUUGGCCAAGUGCCCCACCAAAGUGGUGAUCCACACUGAAUCUGGCAACCAAGAAGUCAGCUGCGAAGGCAUUUCACACAGUGACAUAUUGGCCAAAGUGGUACAACUCACUGGUGCCACUCCUGUGGAUCCUGAAGUGUUGAAAGGUUUGGACCUUAAUACAGUAGCACACCAGUAA